UUCUAGUGUCAGUGGCAGCCAAUCCGGUAGUUCCAGGUCACAGCGGCCAUAUUUCUAGCAUAACAGAAGAUGGCUUCAGCGCGAAAUGGGAAGAGCGGAUUGUUGGAGAAAUGGAGAAUCGACGAGAAGCCGGUGAAGAUCGAUAAAUGGGACGGCGCCGCAGUGAAGAACUCUCUGGAUGAUGCUGCAAAAAAGGUGCUGCUGGAGAAGUACGGUUACAUGGAGAACUUCGGACUGGUCGAUGGUCGCCUGGUCAUCUGCACAGUUUCCUGUCUGUUCGCCAUGUUGGCGCUGGUCUGGGACUACCUGCACCCUUUUCCUGAGUCCAGACCGGUCCUUGCCUGCUGCGUCAUCUCGUACUUCAUCAUGAUGGGCAUCCUGACUCUCUACACGUCCUACAAGGAGAAGAACAUCUUCCUGGUGGCCAAGCAGAGAGAUCCGGCUGGGAUGGAUCCAGACCACACCUGGCAGCUCGCCUCCUCCCUCAAACGGUUUGAUGAUCAGUACACCCUCCGGGUCUCCUUCACCGACGGAAAGACCCAGAAGUUCCGGGAAGCGGACUUCACCAAGUCAGUGUCGGCGUUCUUCGAUGAGAACGGCACUCUGGUGAUGGACCAGUACGAGAAGUCCGUUUCCAAGCUGCACGACACGCUGGCCGCCGACAAGAAGACCAAGUAAUGGCCCGGAAACCGCCAGAGCCUUCCUCCUCAGCCCGCUGGUUUCAGUUCAUUCUCACAGACCCGGUUCUGCUCUGGAGGAAACAAGCAGGUCCACAUGGUCAGGUUCUGAUUGGUCCAUUUCCUCUGAGCACACAAGGCGUUGUUGUUUGGACCAGCUGAUGGUUCUGGCCCGCAGGUGAAGGCGCCGUCUACUGAUGAACAGUUCUGAUCCAACAGUCCAGCUCCUUCAGAGCUCAGUAGUCUCCAGUCUGGACCUGGACCUGGUUUGUGAUGAUUUCAGCUGGGUGUGGGCCUGCUCGCGGCACCAGUUCCACCGGUUCUGUGAUGAUGAACUGGACCCAGUGAGAGGAAGGACAAGGACUGAUCCCUGAUCAUGGAUGGGCGGGGCCAGGAGGAGAAUACCUGAGCAGGUGUGGUCAGCUGAUAGUUUUACCUGCAGGAUGUUCAUCAUCUUCAUCAGGUCUCUUCCUCCUCAGACAUGGUGAUGCCUCACAGCAGGAAGUUUACGGAACGGAAUGUUUUAUUUUUUUAUUUGUGAAUUCUGUCGUCAUGGAAACAAAUUUAUUAAACAGAUUCUGUUUCCAAAGUC